AGGGCAAUCCAGUUGAUACUCUGUCUAGGACUCUUCUCAGUCUCCUUCGUCGGUGUACGGUUACGGUUACCAACAGUCGAAGUGAGUCAGCACUGCAGGCGCCCGAGGAUGAGCCGGGAAACGAUACCAACACUGACUACACCUGCUGCGGUCACAAUUACUGCAGCUUUCAUGCCAAGGAUAUCCCACAGCCCUUGGCGAAGGACGUCUUCAUGCUGAUCAUGAUCUAUGUACCGUGUCUUGUGAUCGCAGUCGUCCUGGUAGUUUUCUUCUUGGAUCCGCUCACUCGCUAUGGCGAGGGCCGCAAGGGUUCUCAUUCCAAGAAUAGCACUGUCCUGAGAAAUAUGUUAGCCACAUUUCGCCAGAUGAAGCGGACCAAUCAGCAGAUGCUCAUCCCUCUGACCGUUUUCAUCGGGCUGGAGCAGGCCUGGAUAGCGGCGGAGUACACGCAGGGAUUUGUGGCCUGUGCCCUCGGCGUCAACAUGAUCGGCUAUGUGAUGAUCACUUGGGGGGUUAUGGACUCCUUAGCAUGCGCCUUUUUUGGCAUAGCGAUGAAGUACAUCGGCCGUUCAAUGAUUAUAUUUAUAGGUGCAUCCUUGAACGUCAUCAUAAUGGGAUUCAAGCUCCAUUAUCGGCCAGUGCCGGACCAUCCCGUUGUCUUCUAUGCUCUAGCCGGAGUCUGGGGCAUCAGUGACGCCGCUUGGGUCACCCAGAUCCAGGCCUUCUACGGACUCCUCUUUCGACGGCACAAGGAGGCCGCCUUCUCCAACUAUCGCCUGUUCGAGUCGGUCGGAUUUGUGCUCGGUUUCAUCUACUCCAGCCUGCUGUGCAUCCAGUCGAAACUCUACAUCAUGCUGCUUAUACUCACACUGGGUCUGAUCGGAUUUCUGGCCGUUGAGGUGCUCUAUCAGAAUAAGGUGAGUGUUUUCCCAGCUGUGGUGGGUUUCGGCUGUGGGGGCCGCUCAAUUGUGACAAGAGAGACUCCAAGCGAAGCGCAGCGCAGUGAAGUUCAUUCUCCACGAUAUAAUCGGAUUGCAACGCCGCUGGACGGAUUAGUGUGCUGCCGAGAUGGGGACUCUGUACGUCUUCGCUUUCGUUUGUUUUCUGGUCUGGCUGGAUGGAGGCCUAGCGCAACGACGUGAUGUUGAAGGCCCACCCAUAAGCGUCUUUAGUGGAUCAAAAAGAUCUGACAAGCAGCCUGGAUCUAUAACUGUAACUGGAAGAAAUGGAAGGCCAGGUGCAUCUGUUCCAUCCCGUUGUCCUUGCUGUGGUGUCCUUGGAGGGAGCAAAUAUGGCGGACAAGGAGGUCAUGGAGGCGGUGAAAAUGGUGGACAUGGCGGAAAGGGCGGAGGAGGAGGAGGAGGAGGUGGAGGUGGGGGUGGCAAUGGAUACCCAGGACUGCCCGGAAGUCCAGGAGCCCCUCGGGGCAUUGAUCAGCAAUAAAGCUACGGCGAUCCAAGCGAAUCGUACAUAAAUACGUGUA